GCUUUGCCUGCGUUGGGUAAUUCCAGUCUCGUGGGAUCAGUAUAUCCUGUGGAAGAAUUGUAGUAAAUACUCGAGCGCCGAGGUAUAAGAAAGCGCUGAUUGCGAUUACUGACAUUCGCGUAUGUGUACCUUAUCAUGCGGAAUGUUCGACGAAUUUCCACACUACUAAUAGUUUACGUGUGCAUUGGUUCUGGUUACGCACAAAUUAAUAAUGAUUGCGGGCUGGAUAAAUUUCAAUGUCGUGAUGGACAAUGUAUAGCGAGUGCAUUGUUAUGCGAUGGCAAAAGAGACUGCAGAGAUUCGUCCGACGAGACGGAGGCAGAGUGUAAAAAGCCAGAGGUUCUAUGUCAUCCCUAUGCCUUUCGUUGUAAUUACGGUGCCUGCGUAGAUGGAGACUCCGUGUGUAAUGGUAUUCAGGAUUGCGCUGACAACAGCGACGAAACGCAGCCCCGGUGCUCCGGAAGUAACGUAUCAAAUGGUCAAACGGAAAGACCUAGACGCGAUUGUAAAUCGCAUCAGUUUGCAUGCAGCAAUGAUCAGUGCAUUCAGAACACUGACGUGUGUGACGGGCGACGAAAUUGUGCGGAUGGCUCCGAUGAGACAUCUGAAUUAUGUAGAUCAUUACGUUGUCCCCCGACAGCUUUCCGUUGUUCGUAUGGAGCAUGUAUCGAUGGUGAUUUACGAUGUAACGGAGAAGUCGAUUGCGCCGAUAGAUCCGAUGAAGAUUCGCGAUUAUGUAGCGGAAAUGCAUGGCCGUCACCUCUACCGACGAUAUUACCACCAGUAACAGAACGACCGUCAUCUCGACCGACGACAUCAACUCUACCAACACGACCAAUACAGACUCCUAGGCCAAUACCUACUGGUGCGAACACUUGCAGAGCACCUCCGCAACCGCAAAAUGGUCAAUGGAAGUUACGAUCGCAAUGUUCAAGUGGACAGGAAUGUCACGUUGCAGAAGGAACGCAACUGGAAUUAGGAUCUCAUCUCGUCUACUUCUGUAAUUCGGGAUAUGAAAUAACAGGUCCACCCGACGUAUUCUGCAGUAGAGGACAAUGGAUUAAUAUACCAAGUUGCAGAGAGAUACGCUGCACACCUUUAACUACAGCAUCUGUCCAAGCUACAUGUACGUACGACUAUAGAUGGGUAUCGUGUGAAUCUCCAGUACGACCGAACACAAGAGCGGAAUUGAAAUGUCAAAAUAGUUAUCGGCCGGAAAAUAUUGAUCAACUUUCCGGACAAAGGAGGAACGUAAGAUGUAAUGCAAACGGUCAAUGGGAACCGGCUCCUAUGCGAUGCAUUCCAGUGUGCGGCAUUUUACCUCCCAAUAUUAUACCGACAGCUGUAGGCGGUAUUCGACCACAAAUCACGGAAUUUCCGUGGCAUGCCACGUUAUACCGCGAUGAACCUGGCGAACCCAAAAAAUUUUUCUGUGGAGCAUCUAUUGUUCAAGAGAAUCUUUUGAUAACAGCAGCUCAUUGUGUUUAUGAUGAGGACACUAGGCAAUUAAUUAAAGCUAAUUCCAUUUACAUAUUAACGGGAAACAUCUAUCGCGAUUACAAUUAUAGACAUAAUGAAAAUCUCGUUAAAAGAAAUCAGGUGAAACGUAUUUACAUCGUACGCAAUUAUCUAGGACUUGUAGGAAAUUAUCUUUGGGAUAUUGCGAUAUUAGAACUCGUCACGCCAUUCGUAUUGUCAACUUGGUUGGUUCCUGUAUGCAUAGAUACUUUAAACGAUAGGAAUGUAUUGGAGGUCGGUUCUCUGGGAAAAGUAGCGGGAUUUGGUAGAACCGCAUACGGUGAAUCUAGCGCGCUCCUACAGGCUCUGACAGUGCCCGUGAUUUCACUUAGCCAAUGCAAGUCUGUAAGCCAAAAUGCUAAUACGGAACAAUUUAUCACCAACGAUAAAUUUUGCGCAGGCUACACGAAUGGUUCUUCUGUUUGUGAUGGUGACAGUGGCGGUGGAUUAGUCUUUCAAACUAAUUUGUGGUAUCUCCGAGGUAUUGUUAGUGUUUCCCUCGGCACGAUACAAGAGGGUGGAAAUGUUCACUGCGACAACAACUUGUAUUCUUUAUACACAGACGUAUCCAGACAUAUUUUAUGGAUACAAGAUGUCAUUACAAAAAUAGAACAAAAUCAAAUCCAUAUAUUAUGCGCAGAUGAGUCUCAAACAAGAUGUUCAUAAAUUUAACGACGAUACCACUAACUGUUACGUACAAUCAUGGAGGAAAAAAAUUAUUUUGUACCACAUGUCUAUCGAUAAAUUAUCUUUAUUCUUUAUUAAAUUUAUAAUUAUAUGUGAAGUUGCAACUUUACUGAAUGAAAUAAUAAUUAAAACUUGAAAGACUUAGAAUAGGAAGUAUUUUUUUAUACAUAUGUGAUAUAAAUGAGAUUAAUUUCAUAAUUUUAACUGUUUUUCAUUUAGUGGUUUUUAAAAAUUCUUACUACUUUACAAUAUAAAUAUGUAAAAAAUGGAUAGGUAGAAAUAAAAAGUGAAUUGCCAUACA